CACUGUGCAUUGAACGUGAUUUUAAGCAUGCAGAAACAAACAUAAAUUUAAUAUGGUUUAAAACUGAAACGCACUCGGUUUGGUGACAAAAACGCAUUAAAAGCACAUAUUGUAAUUUCAUUGAGAUUUUUUAACCAGAUAAUCAGCCAGAGUUGGUGAUAAUAUCAAACGUGAUCAGUUCAUAAUUCUGGCUUUGUUCUUUAGCAAAUCAGCGACAUGUCACAAGGAGACCCAAAUUAUCCCUCUAGUUAUGAGAACCCGGCGGUGGUGCCCAGUCCUCGGCCGGACACAGUGCCUCCAGUGAGCACCCGGACCCCCUCGACACAGGCCACCACUCCUGCCGCCAAUAGAGGAGGAGGAGGAGGUGGAAACAGUGCGGACUCCCUUAUUGAUAAUGUGAAGAACUAUGUCCUCUCCAUUUAUGGUGCGCUCAAAAUUGUCCAAUUUAUCCUGUGUAUCUUUGGGAUAAUCUUCGCGGGGUCCAGUGAUACAGAUGUGGCAGCGAGAGGCUUCUUCAUCUUCAUCUGUGUGCUCUUCAUGGUCCUCACUUUCGUCCUAUUCACCCUCUACGCCAUCCGGCUGCACCACCAGUUCGAAAUGAUCCCAUGGACUCUGCUGGAGGUCGUGUUCAACGGGGUAGCCAUCUUUCUCUUCCUCCUCUCCGCCAUCAUUCUGGCGGCCAAGUGUGGGGGAGACGGACUACUCGUGGUCGCUGUUAUCGUGGGCUUCAUUUGCAUGGUGUUCUACGGAGGCACUGGAGUGCUCGCAUUUCUCGAAUUCAGAUCAGGCGGAGAUCCGGCGGGAGAGGUUGCUCAAUAGAAGACCAAACUACCAAAAAACUGGCGAUUGGUUUAUAAACAUUCAUUUCUAACACUCCAUCAAGAAACCGCAAACUAAUCAAUUUCAGAAUAACAAAUUCUUAUACUCAGAAAUCUUAAAAAAAUUGCGAAAAUAGUAAUU